UCGACCCCUAAAGGGCGUCGCUUGCUGCCAAAGGGAGCUGCACCAACCUUAUUCCAGUGGAACGACUACUCCGUGGCUGAACCGAGGCGCUCCGGGGUAUGGCAAAGACGGGACACUCAAGUGGAUGAGGUUCCUGAGCCAAUGAAUGUUCAUUAUCUGGAGCAUGAUUAUUGUUUAGUCCCAGAACCCGGGGCAGUUGAUAAUGCACUGGACAAGACCGAAGAUCUCGAAAAAAAGGUGGACCGACUAAUGAGACAGGUGGAGGAGCUGUCAGUCCGUCAAAGAUUUUGUUUGGGGCGAUUUGCUGCUUCCGACGAUGAUAUAAGGUUCUACACUAGGUUCAUGACUUACAGGCAUUUAAUGAGUUUCUGGAAACUCAUUGAACCUGCAUCCCACAAAAUGAUUCGUGUCACCAGAGCAAGAGCAACUACAAUGAGGAGUGAAGCUGAAACAAGAGACAGUACAUGGGGUCAGUCCCUGCAGCCCAUUGAUGAGUUCUUCCUCUUCAUGAUCCACCUCUCAGUUGGCCAAACACAGCGGGAUCUGUCCCACAGAUUCAACAUUCAUCAGUCUACAGUUAGCCGAAUUAUUACAACCUGGGCCAAUUUUUUGUACACCAUUCUUGGCUCUGUUCGCAUAUGGAUGUCUGAGGAGGAAGUCAAAGCGCAUCUACCCAAUGAGUUCCGGGACUACCCAGACACACAAGUGGUGAUUGACUGCACGGAACUGCGUUGCCAAACUCCAUCCUCUCUCCUGCUUCAAAGUGAAGUCUUCUCCAAUUACAAGUCCCACUGCACGUUCAAGGGGUUAAUCGGCAUGGCACCACAUGGUGUGGUCACCUUUGUGUCUUCCCUGUAUGCAGGAUCUGUCAGUGACAAGGAGCUUUUUAAGCAGUCUGGGAUUGUGUCUCUGUUGAAACCUGGGAUGGCAAUAAUGGUCGACAAAGGUUUUCUUGUUGAUGAGUGUGUGCCAUGCAAAGUCUACAGACCUGCUUUCCUGUCAAAAAGGAAACAGCUGACGGCUGAUGAGGUAAAGAAGACACAGUCCAUUGCUCGGCUGAGGGUCCACGUCGAGCGUCUCAUCCGCAGGGUGAAGGAACACAAGCUGUUCGACACAGAAAUCCCUCUUUCCAUCACAGGGAGCAUCAACCAGCUGUACACUGUUGCUUGCCUCCUUGUAAAUUACCAGAAUGGCCCCUUAGUAAAAGCAUGGGCAAAGGAUUAAAGACAAGAUAACUUUGUUUGGGGAUUGAUGAAUUUGCAUUUAUUUUUGUCCAAAUAGAAAUAUUGUAAAUAUAAAUAACUUUGUACAGUAGCACUGCAGGAAAGUAAACAUGUAAAUAUAAAUAACAUUAUACAGUUGUUCCACUGCAGGAAUGUAAACAUGUAAAUAUAAAUAACUUUGUUACAGUCUUUAACAUUAUGUACAGUGAUGUUGAGUAAAUAAAAAAAACUUUGAUACAAUGUUAAAUGAUUAUUUGUCUUUUUUACAUCUGUAGGUAUCUUGGCAGGUAAAAGUAAAGAAAGAAAUGGUCAGCUUUCUCUCGAAUGAUCUGAAACAUUCUGGUGUCUUUGUAUAUGCGCUGGAUCAUCAUGUCAUCCUGUGCAUAAACAACAAAAUCACACCAGUCCAAUCCUGAGAUCAGCAUUUGUCCUUGAACUUGCCAAAAGUAUGCAUGCUGUUGUUUCAGUUCUGGUGUGCCAUUGUGAAAUUUAAGGUAAGGACAGUCCACGUAACUUUUGACAUUGGGACAUUUUAUCUCCAAAAGUCCAAAAACAUGGUGCUCUUUAGGGUCAAAAAU